CCUUUCAGUUCAACCAUUGCUCCUAUUUGAAUAUGUUGUCAAACUGUCAUAGAGGCUAUUUUCUUAUUUCAAAUUUAAUGUAAGAAUUCCCGAUGGCCCUUGAACUACUCACGGCCACAUUACGAUGUUUUGUUUCAUCGACGAAGUUUUCCUGCAGCUACAACUCAACAAAUCCCAAUUCUCAGUGCAUGGUGUCUUCAGAUCAAAAAAAAACUACAACUUUCCUCCUUAUGAAAUGAUUUGGAGAAGAAAACUUUUGACGCCUGCAACGUUUUUGAUCAUUGUGAUGAAGGUCUUCACUGGUCACGCUCUGACAUGUCAUCCAGGAGAAUAUCAGAUAGGGAAUGAAUGCUGUCCAAUGUGUCCUGCAGGAAGUCGAGUUAAAACUGAUUGUACAGAGUUCAGGCCAACAUCAUGUCUGCCCUGCCUUGAAGGAACGUACGUGGAUAAACCCACUGGGCAGAAAAAAUGUUUCGACUGCGCUAACUAUGAUGAAGGUUUGGGUCUGAAGGUAAAGACAUCAUGUACAACAACAUCAGAUGCAGUUUGUGAACCACUGGAGGGAUUCUACUGUAUUGAUCCAAUAGGGAACAACUGUGUAGAAGCACAGAAACACAGAAUCUGUCAGCCAGGACAAUACAUCAACCAAGCAGGAACAGCCUUCACAGACACUGUGUGCUCUGACUGCAGCGCUGGAACAUUUUCAAAUGGAACAUUUACAUCUUGUCAGCCACAUACUCAAUGUGAAUCAGACCUUGAACUGAUAAAACCAGGAACUUCUUCUACUGAUGCUGAAUGUGGAGAAAAACGUUCAAAUGUCGCAGCAAUUGUGGCUAUUGUCUGUGUUUUAUUUAUUUUAUUAAUAAUUGCUGCAGUAGUUUUUUGGUUUUGCUUCAGAAAGAAGAAAAUGUCUUUCAGAGAAGGUGAGGAUGGCAGGACAAUGGAAAUGUUGACAUGGUUUUGCUGGAUGAGAAUAUUUCUGCCAAGUCAUGACUCUGCUGAUUAAGAUGUUUUUCUUGGUUUUGUUUCAUAGAAGAAAGAAACAAAAAUCCAGUCAUUUUCAGUCAACAUUCGUUAGAAAAUGGAGAACUAUCACCAUCAGAGAUUGUUCCUAUGAGAAUAUCACCAGGUAGGACAGCAAUGUGUUGUUCUCUGAA